AUGAGAAAGGCCACUGGAUUCAGCAGCAUCAUCUUCGUUCACGGACCGAUUAGCGAUUUCCACCAUGAGGACUUCCAAGCAAGCCAGCGGAAUAUAAGGAUGUUCUUCUAUAAUUACGAUUCAUACUGUAAGAAAGAUGCUGUGCGAUUGCGGCUGAUGACCCCAAGGAAUGAGAUUCUCGAGGAUAUCCAUAGGAAAGUCAUUGUUUCUGAGACGUACCAAGGUAGAUAUCUCAUCUUUGUAGCGCAUAGCCACGGUGGACUCGUAGUCAAACUGGCAUUCAUUCAAGCCAAGAUAAGCCAGAGAUCCCUCCAGAUCGUGGAUCGCACGAAAAUAAUCCUUUUUCUAGGCACAACGCAUCAAGGGACGAGUAUAGGAACAUGGGGCUGGAUACUCGCACAGGCUCUGAGGCCGCUUGGCUCGAAUCCAUUGAUUCUAGCGGAUUCAGGCUACGAUGGGUUUCCGUUGCAAGACUAG